AUUUUGCAUCAUAGCGUCUUGUAGCAUUUUAUCUUCGCUGCAUUUUUCAAAACGAUCAAAAACUUUAACGAGAGAGGGGCCACAGUCUGUCAAGACUUUCAUCUGUGCCAGGAAUACACAAAGCUAUCCCACAACAUACGACAUCCAGCUAUUAAGUGAGCCUCCCCUCAGAAAAGCCAUCAGUCUGCUGAUGUACCGGGGGGAAGGCUCUCCUCACCGCGGAUCUCCUCUCCUCGGCUCCCCCCUGCAGAGGACCAUUACCUGACAUCAUACCCACCCUCUCUGCAGCUUUGGCGGUCAGACAGGUUUUUCUGUGCGGCAGAAAAGAGGAGGAGACGAGGGGGGAUUUCUGUGCUACUGUUUGGUCCUCAAGGGGAGGAGCCAGUUGUUGAUUCUACGCUGCAAAGAGAGACGGCGCCGCACAGAGAGGUUACAGGGCUGCUGACAGUGAAGAAGGAGGACUAAAACGAUGAAGGACAGUCGGCCAGUUCGGGACUAGCUUGGACCGAGGGAACUGCAGUGGAGGUGGAGGAGGGAAAGAAGACCAAAGAGAGAAAGUAAACCACAUGACUCGGCCUUGGAAUCCAAAUUAGUGAUGUUCCCCUCCAGCAGGGAUCGCCUCCUCCCUGUCAUCUCCCUCUCCAUCUCUCCCGCUCUUCCUCCCUCCUACAGCAGAGCAGCCGCCCAGCUCCAAGACUCUGAGCCGUGAGAGCUCAUUGUGCUCACCCACCCACGCACACAAAACACACACACACACGCACACACACACAAACUCAAACACAUACACACACACACACUCUCUCUCACACACGCUUUUGCAUCCCGCUCAUGGUCGUUGGCCUGCCCUCCUCAGCUGCUGCUCCUGCUCCAGUUGUAGACCAUGAAGAGGCCCAAGCAGCAGACGGGGCCCCUGAGCUUCCUCAACUUCUUCAGCCGAAAGCCCAAAUCGGAGCCGAGGCCCGAGAAGCCUGUGGAAGCUUGGCCCAAAGAGGAGGUGGCCAUCACACUGACCCUGAGCGAGCAUCCAGAGCAGGGCCUCAACCUCACAGCAGAAGAGGCUGGAGAAUCAAGAGCUUCUGGAACAGAAAGAGGAGAAGGAGGAGGUCCGCCAGCAGCCGCUGAGGUUGGCCAGGGUGGUGGUACCACAGCUGAAUGCGUGGGCGGAGUCAGCAGUGGCUCCACCGGCGUCCUGUCCCUCUCUUCCUCCAGCCAGGAUCAGCUAUUGGAUGAACACCUGGAGGAGUGCCCACUGUGCCUGCUCAGUCAGCCGCGUUGCCACUUCCCACGACUCACCUCCUGUUCCCACCGGACGUGCUCGGACUGCCUCCGCCAAUACCUGCGCAUUGAGAUAUCAGAGAGUCGGGUGGGCAUUGCAUGCCCGCAGUGCCCUGAAACAUUGGCGCCAUUAGAUGUUCGUGCCAUCCUGGAUGACCGGGCGCUGCUGGAGAGGUUCGAGGAGUACCAAUUGAGGCGUUUCCUGGCUGCUGACCCAGAUACACGCUGGUGCCCUGCACCUGACUGCAGCUAUGCAGUGAUAGCUUACGGCUGUGCAGAGUGUCCCAAGCUGAGCUGUGGCCGUGAGGGGUGUGACACAGAGUUCUGCUACCACUGUAGGCAGCUGUGGCACCCCAACCAAACGUGUGACCAGGCACGGCGUCAGCGAGCCCGCCACACCUCAGGCAGUAACGAUGCCUCCACGCUCUACGUCUUCAAUGAAGAACCUGGAGGAGAUGCAGAGGAGAUCAAACCAUGCCCUCGCUGUGGUGCCUACAUCAUGAAGACCAAUGAUGGCAGCUGUAACCGUAUGAACUGCACUGUGUGUGCCUGUCAGUUCUGCUGGCUGUGUAUGCAGGAGAUCACCGACGUGCACUACCUCAGUCCCUCUGGAUGUACAUUCUGGGGGAAGAAGCCAUGGUCUCAAACCCGCAAGGUUCUGUGGCAGGUGGGCAUGUUGCUUGGAGCACCAGUGGUCAUCUCCCUCAUAGCGGGCAUCGCCAUCCCAGUCAUCAUUGUGGGCAUACCAAUUUACAUGGGCCGCAAGGUCCAUGGUCGCUGUAAGAAAAACAAUAUCUCAGGAAGUAAGCACUACUUGACGGUGGCAAGUGGGGUGAUGAUGUCAGUGUUUGUGUCGCCGGUCAUAGCAGCUGUCACUGUGGGUGUGGGUGUGCCGCUUAUGUUGACUUAUGUCUAUGGGGUCGUUCCCAUGUCGCUCUGUAGGAACGGCUGGUGUCGACCGCAGAGCGAGCCCCCUGAAUCACACAAGAUCCAACUGGAGGACUUAGCUAGCUAUCUUCUAUUCUCUCAUGUAGUCAGUGACCACUGGACGGGUCAGAACAACCAAACGCUCAGCGACACCAGCGUCCAGGAAGUCAGAGUCAGUGUACAGGAAGUAGGCGUCCUGCCAAGUACAAGCACCACGCCCCCGGAGCUAGAUAGCUAUGUGGGGUUGGAUGAAGCCACACAACGCCAUGGAUACACCCAGCAGCACAGCCAAUCAGACUGUGAGGUGGUUAUUGUGCCUGACAGCAAGCUCAACGACACAGAAGAACUUCCUUUGAGGGAAGGAACCAAUAUUGAGGUUCGUGUGGAAAUUGAGACCCAGCCCAGAGGCGCCCGCCAGUCCAGCCUAAGUAGCAUCCUGUCUAGCCGAAGCUUGUCAGUGGAGUCCCUGGGACACUCGCAGUCCCAGUCCCAGUUCCAAGACUACCUGCGUGCCUCACAAGUGGAAGAAAGACGAGAGAGUGGAGGAGGAGGAGGAGAGGAGCAGGAGGGAAGAGAGAAACCAGGAGGGGAAGCAGGAGGAGAAGAAGGGAUAGUUUACCCAGUCUUUGAAAUAGACAGUGUAUGAGGCCCUCUAAUGCAGGCUUUGCACUUGGUUGAAGGUUAGUCAGGUUUUAUGGAAAUAAACAAAUCCGUGAUCUGACAUGUCAUUGUAUUGACCUGAAAAUCAUUGGCCAAGGCCACCUCCUGCUUCCGAGACAGGACCGCCCACCAGAUGCCUUCUAGCUCCAGCCUCUAAGGAAGACGCGGGUUUAGAGAGAGCAAAUGAAAAAGAUGAGAGAGAGAGAUAAGAGUGUGUGUGCGUCUGUGUGUGUGAGUGAGUGUGUAUGAGACAAAUAGCAUGAGUAUGAGAUAAUAAACCGGACGGGGGAUCAACUGUAAAAGCAAGACAGGAUAGCAUCCAUCGCUGAAUCUUAAACUGAAGUGACUGAGAGCAUGUUAGCCGACUAGUUCAGUGGGGGUCAGCCUGUUAUUUUUUUCUAUGUUCUUUCUGAAAGAGACUACCUACUCCCCCUCUAUUAGGAAUCUAUUUCAUGAAGCGCUCUCUUCAUCUGACUAUACUCUUAUACUUCUUUUAGUGACCUCACAUGCCUCCUCCCUCUCCCUUUACAAAUAAAGAGACCCCCACACAAGCAUGAGUUGUUUCAUGGGGAAUUAAGAAUCUAACAUGCAACUGUCUUAUCAUAUGCAGCAAGACAGUCGGAGGAUUUUUUUUUUCUACCUUUAAAGAAUAUCCCCAAUAUUUUAAGAUGCAGUGUUCACACCUGAAUUGGGCAUCCUUAAAACAGAUGACGCAUGCUGCACUGUUCAAUUACUCUCUUGUGAAAGAAGCCCAGUUGAAAAUGCUGAAAUGACACCUGGAAGCUGUUCAAGCCUGUGACUGUUGUUCUCUAUCAGAGUCAAAGGUGCUCUGUGACAUUGUGGCAGUGAUGACAGGAGGGAUUAUAAAUACCGUAAUACCAUAAAUAUAUCUGCUAGUCUCCGAUCCACAGUCUUCCAUGGAAGCAGAUAGAGGGGCAAUGUUACUUUUGCCUUCUUUGUAGUGCAGCUUUCAGCCUUCACAAGGUUAUUUCCUUAAAAAACCGGGGAGGGAGAUGUUGCUUUAGUUUUUAAAAAUGCUCAUUCUAAUGCAGUCAUUUACUUGCAUUAGCGACAACAACAUUGGCAGCAACACCGCAAGCUUUUUCUAAAGAGUCUCAACUUUAAAAAUAGCUGCAUGAUGAUUCUACUACUCACUGUGUAUCCAGGAUAACACACACAUAUGCCCACACACACACACACACACGCACACACGCAGCGGUCAGUGUAGUUGCAGUAGUGUGUGCUGCUGAGAGCAUUAAAUAUAUAAACUUAAGACCCUCUCAAAUGAUCACAGAGCACCAAAAUGACAACAGCAGCAUGCCACCUCAGGCUAAAGUGUAAUAACCCCUUCUAAAUGAUUUAUGAGAAAUACAUGACUAUACACGCACUGCUUAGCUUCCUGAGUGUGAAAUAAUGGCGGAAAAUGAGACUUGACAUGAUAACCUGUGCUGAGAUUUGGAGAGAAAUGAAAUAAAGAUUUCACCAUG